AUGUUGUCCACCGCCAGAUCAAGAGCCGUAUGGCAAAUUACUCGUAGAGUUCAGAUCUCAGCCAGACGAACCUACGCAUUUUCCGCAAAUGAUCAGCAAGAAAUUAAUGAUCCAAACUCUCCGAAGAAAGUGCCCAAUGUCUCGAAAUCCAACGAGCUGCCGAUAGAAAGUCACGUCCAGAAUAAGCCGUUGCAGGAGAGCGUAGAGACUGCGGAAAAGUUCAGGGUUAUGCAGGCACCAAAUAGAGAGGGCAAAUGGUCGCGAAGUCAGAAUCCUAGGGAAAAGGCAAUGUCUGGACCUAGGUUCGAGCAGACCAUUAUGGAAGCUCAGCCAGCACCACAAUCAGCAAUUAGCUUAAUUCACCAACAACCAGUGCGAUGGACGCACGAUCGUAUUGUAGCAUGCGAUGGAGGUGGAGGAGCAUUAGGACACCCAAGAAUCUUCAUCAACACUGAUAAGCCCGAAAUUUGCAACUGCACAUACUGCGGAUUACCGUUUACAUCCUAUCCUCCUAUCCUUCCAAAAUCUUUUAAUGCCAAUCAACCCAAAACAAUUCGUCUGUUCCCCCUUUCAAAUUACACUUUUGGUACCAAAGAAACCCAACCUGAAGAAGACCCCUCCGUCCUCGCGCGUCUCAAACGUUUAGAAGAACACUAUGUCGAACACGGUAUGCGACGUACCUGCGAAGGAAUUCUUGUCUGUCAUGAACAUAAUCAUCCUCACAUCCUCAUGCUUCAAAUCGCAAACGCAUUCUUCAAACUCCCAGGAGAUUAUCUAAAGCCCGAAGACGAUGAAGUAGAAGGUUUCAAACAGAGACUGAAUGAGCGAUUGGCACCUGUAGGCACUCAAUUCAGUGGAGAAGGUGUAAAUGAGGAGUGGGAAAUUGGAGACACGUUGGCGCAGUGGUGGAGGCCGAACUUCGAAACUUUUAUGUACCCAUUCAUCCCGGCGCAUGUUACGAGACCCAAGGAGUGCAAGAAGUUAUAUUACAUUCAACUUCCCAGACAGAAAGUACUAAGUGUUCCUAAGAAUAUGAAACUCCUCGCAGUACCACUUUUCGAGCUCUACGAUAACACAGCAAGAUACGGUCCUCAACUCUCGGCAAUUCCACAUCUACUGUCCAGAUAUAACUUCGAGUUUGUUGAUGAGAAGGGUGAUGUGGUAGCUGUUACUCCCGGUGGAGGACCAGAAGAAGGAUAUGUGCCAAAGACGAUCGUUUUGGCUGGGGGCGACGACGAAACAAUGGGAGAAGCUGAUGUCAAGGAAGAAAAUGGCGUUCAAUAA